UGAUAAGAACACAACAUCGAGCACACAAACUUCAGAACGAGGAAACAAAGUUGUGUACAGUGCCGUUAUUGAGACAUGGCAAUAUCAUUCUGGUAUUUCGUUUUAAUCGGUCUCUGCAUCUUGGCGCAAAUUGUUGACGGACGGCGGGAAAUUAAGUUCAACUGCACUUUGACAGCCAACUACUACGACUGUCUGUUUCGAGAUGUGAUCAUUCGAAGCGAAUCUGAAGCCGACAGCAUUUUUUUCGGUGAGCAGAAUUUCAACGACACCAGCAUUGCAUUCCGUGACUGUUCGAUGGUGGUGCUUCCGAAGAAAAUUUUCGAAACCUUUCCGGCGAUUCAGUAUCUGUCUAGUGAUGCGUGUAGUAUUCAAAAACUCCUCGGUGGAACCUUUGCCAAUGCCCAACGAUUGCAAGAGAUGCAUUUGUAUAAUAAUAAAAUUUCCAAACUGAACAAUUUUGUGUUCAAUGGAGCUCUGCAGCUUGAGAUACUUUCACUUUACAACAAUACUAUCAAAUAUCUGGAAGAGCAUGCAUUCGACGGACUUGGUCACUUGCGCCAGCUCUACAUGGACGACAACUUGAUCGAAAAGUUGCCGGAAAGUCUAUUCUCCGGAUUGGAAGAACUUCAGGUGCUGGAACUGCAGAACAACAAAAUCAAAGAAAUCAACGACGACCAAUUUAUUCUGUGUUCCAUGUUGAGAGAGCUAAAUCUCUCCGCAAACAUGAUCAACACAUUCAACAUGACCCAGUUGAUUGGGUUGAACAAACUGGAGAUUUUGGAUAUUGGCAAGAAUUAUCUGGAUGAAGUGCUUGUAACGAAAUAUCUUCGAACUCUCAAUGCACAGGAAAAUCAAGUCAGCAGAAUUCUUAUGGACCAGGGCGAUUUCUUUCAGCUGACUCACUUGAAUCUUUCCCGCAAUAAUAUAGCAAAUAUUAACAAUAUUUUCAAAUUCAGAAAUCUGAUUGAACUGGAUGUAUCCUACAAUGAACUUAUAACUCUUGACUUCGUGAUAUUUGCCUUCAUGAAAAACCUCAAAGACAUAAAACUGAACAACAACCAUCUAUGGAUUAUAGACAAUGGCAUUCCCGCUCCGGCGAAGUCGCUUAGAAACCUAAAUUUAGCGCACAACAAAUUUCUGUUUAUUGAUUUAGCGGUCUUCGAUACCUUUCCGGCAUUGGAAAACAUUUACCUCCAUGGGAACGAGCUAAUCGAUAUGCGUAUCGAAGAUGUGGAGCAAAAUUUCCCCUAUCUGUCGCUAGUGUCGACCGACAACAACGACUGGGACUGUAUUAAUCUGAUGAACAUCGUUACCACGCUGGAGCGGGCCUAUGUCAAAUGGUCCGCCGGGAAUCGUAACUGCACUAAGCCCGAACAGCACAAGUUUAUCUGCUGCACUUCGAUGGAUCAUCAUUUGCGGGAGAAAAUCGUUCGUCUCACCAAAGAAAUCUAUAAAUCCCGAAAAAUGAUCAAACAAUUAAUCAUGGAGAAUGCCGAACUGCGGACGGAGGUCGAAACACAGUUUUUGCCUACCGAUUAAGAUUUAUUUUGCCGAAGUUGAGUCGUCUACAAUAGA